AUGUCUAACGAAUUUACUUAUGAUCCUGAUGAAAAUUUUCCUUCGCCAAUUCCUCAAAGAGUGGAUGAAAUAAUUAAUUCACCGAGUUUUUUUCUGCUUGAUACACCUACUACACCAGCUGGCAUUAAUCCAUCAAAUCGUAGUAGUUUGGGUUCUCCACCACCAUCAGCAUCACCUACUGCAAAUGUUACAUACAGUGAACCUGAACCUAAUUUAGAUGAGGAUGAUUUUCCAUUUAAAUAUCCUGGAACUACUUUACCAACUAAUGGAAAUUUUCAACCAAAUGGAACUGACGAUGAUUUUGUUAAAUUAUCACCGAACACAGAUUUCCCUUCUAAUACAUCUUGCGCAUUUGAAGAGGCCAAACUUUAUAUCAUAGCUCAACCCCAAGCAUAUUAUCGUGAAAGAUAUUUUUGUGAAACGGAUCCAAACAAAAACCAACCUCAGCGUUUUAUUCGUGUUGACAAUAACAACGCUGGAUAUGAAUAUCCAACUGUUAAGCUUCCAUCGAUAUUAUACGAUUUAACAAGAAAUCUAUAUAUUCAAGUUACAUCAGUUACUGUAAAAAACAACAAUGUUAUGUAUCAUUAUAUACAUCCCUAUCCAAUUGAUACACCGGAAAAUAAUGUGAUUAAAGAUCCAAUCAAUAAUUCAUUGUUUUUUCCUAUUGAUAACAAUGAAUUUGUUACGGGUGAAAAAACUUUUCAUAUAAGUCGAAAAAAGAUGAUACAACCUGAACUGAAAUCAUAUGGUUCUCUUCAUAUCUACGGUUCAAAUCAACCUGAUAAUCAACAUUUUCAACAAUCAAACGAUCCGAAAAAAAUGAUCGAUACUUAUCAACUAAAGAAAUCUCAGUUAAUUUUUACCAUUGCUGAACGUUAUGAUAAUUGUUUCUAUCCUGUUCCAAUGCCAUAUACAUCAGUAAUAUCACAAAUUAUGACUGACAUUGCAAAUGAUACACAAAGUUAG